AUGCUAGCAAAAUUUCUCAACCUUGAAAUCGAAAUAACGAAUGAGGUUGUUGCGGUAGCAGGAAACGAGUUGGUCUUGGAGGACUGUGAACUUUAUAGAAAGGCGGAAGAACUUGCAGUAGAACUUUGCGCUGACACCACGACUGACUGCGGAAAAUACGAUUGUGUUAAUCAAACUCGGAGUUACACGGACGAUAUAAAAAAAUUGGCUUUUUACUACGAGAAAACUGCUUACAUGCUUUUCGGAAAUCUCGAUAAAGCCUACAAAACCAUUUUAGUCGAAUCACCGAAAGCUAGACAACUUGAGGUGGUAAGUCAUGUUGUAUAG